CUGCAACUCCGAGGUCUCCAUUGGUUCGUCGUUCAUUGUCUCUCUACAAGGUUUCAGACACGUGAUGCUGCCAAAAUUAAUCUAGUUUUAUGUCAACAUCAAGUUGCAGUCUCAACUUUGUUUAUUCAGACAUGGCUGCUGCUGGUUCUUUGCAAUUUUCCCAUGAAUUGGGAAUUUGCGGUAGCCAUGGGUGCAAUAGAUGGUUUCGGAGUGUGAUGGGAAGUGGCAAGUUACGUUUAUUGGGCUCCAAUCUUUCAUCAAUUGCUUUGCGACAGGAUUCUUGGAGUCUCCAUCUUCCAAAGGGAGUAUGCAGGCCUAUACACUUCCUCCCUUAUAGAUGUACCCAGUUUAAGUGCCAUUCUUCUCUAAAUUCAGGCCAGUCCCUUGGUGUGAAUAUGCUGAAGAAUGUUGCUUCUGCAUUGACAAGUGAACUGAAGCCAUCUCACUUUCAGCACAUGAAAUCCUUUUCUUUUUUUUUCGGGUCCCCAUUUCUUAAAAUUUUUAACUUCGAAGACAUUCUUAUAUCAUGCAGGACACAAGGGCCUUUGCAAGAUAGCCCUCUUGUACUGAAGUUGCUUCCAGCAAUUGGCAUUGUUGUUUUUGCUGUUUGGGGUCUUGGGCCACUAAUGCGUCAAAGUAGAAACAUAUUCCUUCAUAAGAAUGAUAAUAGUUGGAGAAAGAGUAGUACGCAUUAUGUUAUGACCUCGUAUCUUCAGCCUCUGCUGUUAUGGACUGGAGCAUUCCUCAUCUGCAGAGCAUUGGAUCCGGUGGUCCUACCCUCAGAAGCUAGCCAAAUUGUUAAGCAACGACUCUUGAAUUUUGUAAAAUCAUUGUCGACAGUGUUGGCCUUUGCUUAUUGUUUAUCAAGUGUAAUUCUUCAAGCACAAAAGUUUUUUAUGGAGACCAACGAUCCCAGUGAUACAAGAAAUAUGGGCUUCCAAUUUGCAGGCAAAGCAGUGUAUACUGCAGUAUGGGUUGCUGCCCUGUCAUUGUUUAUGGAGUUGCUAGGUUUCUCCACACAGAAAUGGCUCACUGCAGGUGGUCUUGGAACAGUCUUGUUGACACUGGCUGGUCGUGAGAUAUUCACAAAUUUUCUUUCAAGUGCAAUGAUUCAUGCAUCCCGUCCAUUUGUCGUGAAUGAGUGGAUUCAGACAAAGAUCGAAGGCUAUGAAGUUUCUGGUACUGUUGAGCAUGUGGGGUGGUGGUCACCAACAAUUGUAAGGGGUGAAGAUCGCGAAGCUGUUCACAUUCCAAACCAUAAGUUCACAGUGAAUGUUGUGAGAAAUCUCAGCCAAAAAACGCAUUGGCGUAUUAAAACCCAUCUGGCCAUCAGUCAUCUUGAUGUCAAUAAGAUUAAUAACGUUGUUGCUGAUAUGCGUAAAGUAUUGGCAAAGAACCCUCAAGUAGAACAACAGAAGUUGCAUAGAAGGGUUUUUCUGGACAAUAUUAAUGCUGAAAAUCAGGCCCUUAUGAUUAUGGUAUCCUGCUUCGUGAAGACCUCGCAUUUUGAAGAGUACCUUUGUGUCAAGGAUGCUAUACUGUUGGAUCUUCUGAGAGUGAUUAGACAUCACCGGGCUCGACUUGCCACUCCCAUUCGUACUGUCCAGAAAAUAUAUAGUGACCUCGAUUUGGAAAACAUACCAUUUGCAGAGCCAAUCUUCACUCCUAGGUCAGCAUCAAAUCAUCCAUUGCUAAUUGAGCCCUCUUACAAAAUCAAUGGAGACGACAGAACAAAGAAUCAAACCCGUUCAGUGCGCAUAAAUGGGGAGCAAGACAGCAAGGCUGCAGUGCGCCCAACACCUGACAACAAGACAGAUAAAGGUGGAACAACACUUGCCUCUCACUCUAAAGCCAAAGAAACAUCAUCUGACAAGACAGCAGAUGUGAAGGUCUUUGAAACGCCAAAUGUUGAUGCCAAAGAGGAGCACCAGAUAGAUGCCAUUGUAGGGGAUAAACAGACGGUGAAAUCAACAUCCAAAUCUGUUUCCAAGGCAGAUUCCAAAUAUAAAGAAAUAUCGGGUUCUGAGUCCAAAGGCGCAGACCCAGUUUCUGGUAAUUCAACUAAAAAUGCCUCUAACAAUCAAUUUAAGAAGGAUGGCCAGGGAAAUGCUUUGCAGGACAGUGCAGAUAACAAAAGUUCUUCGGCUUCUUUACCAGAAAUUGGAGGCGAGAAGCCAUCUGGCUUUACAUCUACUCCUCCAUCAAAACAAAAAGAGGAGAGAUUGCCAAUGACACAACCAACAACAGCGAAACCUGUCUUAGAAGAAAAUAUAGUUCUUGGUGUUGCUUUAGAGGGCUCAAAGAGAACCCUCCCUAUUGAAGAAGACAUGAAAUCCCCUCCAACUACAGCAGAGGUGAAGGAAUUGGCUACUCGUCAUAGUGCAAAUGUGUCUCCCGUGGUCGAGAAGGAUAAGAAAAAUGGUCAGAAUCUAAACAUUCCGAGUUCAACACCUAGUGAUCAAUAGGAUCAGUUGAGGGUAUUUGAACUCCAUGCUCCAAGUCUGUCCACAAACACCGAAUCUUGCAUCAUUUACAGUUUAUAUGUUUUCUAACAAAUGCUACAUGAUUAUUUUCAGCAUCGGCAGUAGAGGAUUUGUUGGUCUUUCUCAACUGCCAUACAAUACAGCAAUGAAAUGUACAUUUUAUGCAAAAAUCAAUGAUUUUUAAAUUUCGCAGAACAGUAUGUGAUACCAAGAGAUAGAAUAAAAUAGAUACAAAGACAGAAAAUGAG